GCCUCUUCCUGUCAUGGCCGCUACCGGGCUGCCGGAGUCCGCCGAAGCGGGGUGGUCCUGCGUCCCCAGCAAUUGAGAACCUUGCCGGGAGGCGUGGAGCGGGGUCGUCCCCCAGCCCAGAGCCGGCGGCAGGAGAUACCGCUGCAGCACCUGCUUCCCACCGCUCUCCUCGCUUAACCUUCCCCUGAGGUCGGCUGGUCAUCAGCAUGCCUUCUACCGAGAACACCUCAAAACUUUUCCUGGUCCUUGUUUCAUUGCUGCUGGCAUUGCCAGGAGUUGAAGCUCUGGACACGGGAGAUGUCAUUGCCUUCCUACUAGGCCUUGCUGUUAGUGUCGUCGGAUUCUGUGCCUGCCUUGGCUUGUAUGCAAGGAAAAGGAAUGGGCAGCAAUGACUUCAAAGAGAUAAGGAAAAGGAAUGGGCAGCAAUGACUUCAAAGAGAUGCUUAGAUUGAGUUUCCAACACGGUUUGGAGUUGAGAUGUGGAGUGUAAAACGGAUCUUAGUUUCUGGAUAACUUUAAAAAACCAUGCAGUAGUUAUUUCUGUAAGCCAUUCUUACUGUGCAGUACAACAGAAUCAAGAACUACCCAGUAAAAGGGAUUUGUAGGAUCUGUCCUUGUGACAACAAAGUGAUUUUAUACUGCUUGCAAUUAAAUAUUGCCUUAGACAAAGGGUAAGAACUUUCUGAAUGGGGAAGAAAAAACAGAGAGUGGUUCACGUUAAAUAUUUAUAAAUGCAACAUGUGAGGGAAUCCACCAAAAAUUUCCACAAUUUUGGAUUCAAGGGUUAAUCAGGAAGAAGCAACUAUUAACAUUCCAGUCAGGAUAACAGAUACUUAGAAGUACUCCUAAGUAGAUAACUAGUGAGCAGACUGGGAGUUUUUUUGUCUGCACAUGCUCAUAUUCUUUCUAAUGACAGGUACCACCUAACUGCUUACCUCUGCUGUCACGGGGAUGAGACUUGAGAGAACUAAGAAAACAUGGAAAAGUUUUUUUUCUUACCUAUUUUUAUUUUAAAGUGUACUUCUCCUGUACCCUGUGUUGUUACUAAGUAGAUAUGCUUAAGGAUAUGACCAUUAUUUUUCUUUAACGUGUAUUUCACAGGAAAGUACAUGUAAGAUUAUGUAAAUCAAAUCAGGGUUGUUUUUCUUGUCCCUUGUUUAUUUUUUUUCUACUCAGCUUUCCUUUAAGCACAUUAGAUUUAAGGCUUAUUUCAUUUGGUACUUGCAUUUUUUUUCCCCUAGACUGAAGACUUAUCUAAUUUUAAUGUGGACUUAAGUGUAGUAUUUCUGCAUUAAAGAGUUGUUAGAAUUACAAGAGAGUUGUGCACUACUUCUUUAGCUAUAUGGAAGAACACGUUUUGUUAAAAUUGUAGUUUUAAUCAACAGGUCCAUUGUUCUCAAGUGUCUGCCUUCUGACAAACUUUGUUGCUGCUAAGUGUCUAGGCUUCUUAUAGGCUGGAUAUUAGGAGAAAGUUCUUCACAGAGAGAGUGAUUUUGCCAUUGGAAUGGGCUGCCCAGGGAGGUGGUGGAGUUGCUGUUGCUGGAGUGUUCAAGAAAAGAUUGGAUGAGGCACUUAGUGCCAUGGUCUAGUUGAUUGGAUGGGGCUGGGUGAUAGGUUGGACUGGAUGAUCUUAAGAGGUCCCUUCCAACCUGUUUGAUUCUAUGAUUUUAACUGAUGGAUACGAGUUGCACAGAUUAGGACCAAAACCAAAGUGAAAAAUCCUAAUGUAAAAUGUGAGAUGUAAAUAGUCUUACUCUGUUCAUGCUCAGUUAUAUUGUAUGGGAUAUGACUGAAAGACUCAGUAACACAUCUAGGACCUGUUUCUUUCAUAGAAUCAACCAAGUUGGAAGAGACCUCCAAGAUCUAGUUCAACGUACCACCUAGCCCUGUCUUGUUAGUACUUGCAAGUACUAAAGGUAAAAUGACAUAGCCAAGAAUGUCCGCCACAAGCCUUGUCUUAAUAGGAUUUUCUGGCUGUCAAGGAGCACAGUCUGAAACAACAGCAGAAUAAGGAGUAUAGGAAGGUGAGCUUUCCACAGUUCACAGAAUUUACUUCUUCAGAUCUUGUGCUGUGGACACUGCUACUCUUGUUAGAAAUCUUGGCUUUUAUCAUUCAGAGCUGGGGGUGAAAAAGUGCAGAGCUCUAUAUUCUGGUAACUAUUGCUCCCCUUCCUCUGUAAGUCUGUUCAGUAGAGCACAAAGCAAUAACUAAAAGAGUCGUCAGGCAGGUUUUAUAUAAGUAAUAGGAUGGGCAGAUCAUAUUCUCCAAAUUCUAAGAUUUCUGUGUGCUGUUUGGUUGGUUUGACUUCUGUCUGCAACUUCUGAGGAGACACAAGCUCUGGUUGUUUCAGUCUUGCAACUUAUGGCCCUCCGUCAUGGUUGACAAGGGAAGUAAAACAAAACCUUCCAUAAUUGCAUGGGGUUUCUUGAAAGUGUAGGUCUUGACCCAGCAAGCCACAAGCACGUAGGUUUCUUCUCCCAAGUUACAAGGACAGUAAUGAUCACAAAGUUAUGGAACUGAAGUUUUGCCAGGUAGCUGUUCUAGAACCCACACCAAGCAUGCUCUUCUGUGUUCCAGCCUGGCUAAACCACUGCUAUCCUUAAAAGCCAAACAAAAUCCAAACCACAAAGUUACAACUCCGUUCACUUUAUAUUUCCACAAAUUAAGCAAUUUUGCCAUUUUUUUUCUGUAGAAUAUCACAUACUACACUUUCAGUGGAAUUAAUUUUAUCACAAGCAACCCUUCACAGAUUCCUUUCAGUCAGGCAAUAGGGAUAUGAGGAGUUGUUUUCUUUGCCUGAAGCUGUAUGUAAUUCAUUGGAAGGUGAAACACGUUUGCACAGUAUAAUGGUGUUGCUUCCUGGGUUUUGACAGAAACCUUAUUGUUAAUUGCUUGCAUUUGUCAAUGAUUCAAUUGUAAAAUCAAAUACCUUUGUUUUUUCUUCUGUCUUAAUAAACUUUAAUGUAUGGUUUGUAA